UAGUUCCUUAAACCCAUCCCUGCAUGUGCUUCAACCACUUUGUGUCCAUUUGACGCGCUUUUGGAUGCCGAUCCAAUUCCUAUAUAAACCUAAACCUCUCUUGCAUUCCAACCCAAGUCAUUUUCCCAUGGCGUCUAAAAAACUUCUCACUUGUGUUUUCUUUGUGUUGCUUGGUAUAGGAAUUAGCUCUGCAGCUAGAGCACUCCUCCACUAUGAAGAAGAACCUGUCCACGUGAUCGGCUAUGGCGGAGGCCAUGGCAUUGGUGGAGGCGGUGGAGGAGGAAACGGUGGUGCUGGUGGUGGAGGUGGAGGUGGAGGAGGUGAAGGUGGUGGUGGUGGCGGCGGUGGUGGAUAUGGAAAUGUAGGAGGAUAUGGUGGUGGUGGUGCGGGACAUGGAAGUGGUGGAGGUGGUGGUUCUGGAUAUGGAGGUGGAGAUGCCUCUGGACAGGGUGGCGGCGGUGGCGGUGGUACCGGUGGAGGUGGCGGUGGUGGAACUGCUUAUGGAGGUGGAGCUGGAGGACAUGGAAGUGGAGCCGGUGAAGGAGGUGGUAAAGGAUAUGGUGGUGGUGGCGGUGGAGGUGGAGAUCGUGGUGGUGGAGGUGGAGGUGGUGGAAGUGGUGGCGGUGGAGGUGGAGGUGGCGGCUCCGGAUAUGGUGGAGAUCAUGGGGCUGGUUAUGGAAGUGGAACAGGAGCAGGGUCUGGUGGUGGAUAUGGAGAAGGCGGUGAUCAUGGUGCAGGAUAUGGAGGCGGUGGUGGUGGUGGGCAUGGUGGAGGUGGCGGAGAAGGUUAUGGUGCUGGAGGAGCACAUGGAGGUGGAUAUGGUGGUGGUGGAGGAGAAGGAGGUGGUUCUGGAGGUGGAGCAGGCAGAGCUGGUGGGUAUGGCGGUGGGGGCGGUGCUGGUUCUGGUGGUGGAGGUGGAUAUGGUGGUGAGGGUGCACAUGGGGGUGGCUAUGGCGGUGGAGGAGGUGAAGGUGGUGGACAUGGUGGUGGUGGUUACGCACCUUGAGAGAGCACUACUACUUCAUAAAAAGGGAAUACUACAUCUUACCUAUAAUAUUAGGAAUAAUAUAUGAUGAAAAAUGGGUAAGAGCAAUUUAACAUGAGUGCUCGUUGUAUGUUCCCAAAAGCCGUAUCUAUGAUCAAUAAAUAUUGUCAAUUAAUGUUCAAUCUUCUUAUCCGCUUAUGUAAAAUCAUGGUUUGAAAGCAAAAUCUAAAUGGAAUUAUAAUUAAUCUAA